AUAGUAGAGAUGUCCGGCUUCCCGUCCAGCAUCGUCGCGUCUCCAUGGCGGCGUAUGGCUGGCUUUCGGUUUAUCCCUCCACCGACGUAGAUCGGUCGCUUUCCUUUGUGUGUCUGUUUUUUUAGUUUGCUUUCAAUAAUCUCAUAUGGGCUGUGUUGGUAAUUACAGUGUAAGCAAUUUCGCUAACUACUGUUCUUUUCCUACCAGUUUUCCAUUGAGUUUUAAUUGCAGAAAUCAAUUCAGGGAUCUGAGAAUUAGGUUGAAGAUAAGAAGUAGAAUCCGUCGCUUAUUAAUCAUUGCCAAUUCGCUGUUGUAUCUUUAUUGGAGCCUCUUUGUUUAAUACCGGUGAGAAACCCAUAAGAAUCCAUGUUCGAUAGUCUUAUCGACGGUGAUUCCUUCAUCGGAAUCGAAGCUCCAGCGGCGAAG